AUGCCGGCUGGCAACACCCUCUCCGAUCUGCCCCCGUACCCAUGGGAUCAUCAUCGCAGCUAUUGGAGUGAAUCCCGCAUCGCCAACGAGUGGCGCAUGCGUAAACAUGCACACCAUGACCUCCUGGGCGCAAAGGUCCCCGACACCACAGACCUCGAGCCGGUGUGGCGGAACUUGCUGCACAUUGAGAAUGCUCCGUGGAUACGUGACCAUAAGAUCAACGCGGAUAUCAUCUUCCCCUUUGCCGGAUAUAUCGCUAUGGCAGCUGAGGCUAUCCUGAUCAACGAGGGCUCGCCUAAAGAGCUUGUAACCACUUUCCAUCGGCUCCGUCUGACAGAUUCGCUGGACAGCGAAUGGUGGGAGUUCAGCAUUGCAUCACACAACGGACACGCCUGGACAAAACACUGCUCCGGCGAGGUUCGGGCUCAGGACGAAACAGACGACGUGCCUCAUCGCGUGGCUGCGCAAGAGGAUUUGCCGCGCAAAGCAUCCAGCAAGCGUUGGUACGAUACCAUGCGCCGUCAGGGCCUCGACUACGGCUACCAUUUUGAGAGUCUUGAAGCCAUCACGACGACAACGACUGGCGCACGAGGUGCCCGCUCGCAUGUCCGCAACAAUUAG